CGGUGCUGCACUGAGACUGAGAGACGAGAGUACACCAUGGCGGCGGCGCCGCACGUUGUGGUCGUCGCCUUCCCCUUCGCCUCCCACGCGGUGAAGCUGUUCCGCAUAGCACGCGCCCUCGCGGCGGCGGCGCCGGCCGCCACCUUCUCCUUCCUCUGCACCGCCGCGCAGCUACAGGAGCAGCAGAAGAAGAGUACGCUCCUGGGGAACCUGCGCUUCGUGGAGGUCCCGGACGGUUUAUCUCCGAGCUCGGAAUCGGAUGGCGCCGCCGCGGUGCCGCCGCCGCACCCCAAGAUGCGUCUCAAGCUCUUUAUGGAGGCUGCCGCUGCUGGCGGGUUAAGGGAGGGGCUGGAGACGGCUCGGGCCUCCGCGGGCGGCGCCAGGGUGACCUGCGUCGUCGGCGACUCGUUCAUGUGGAUGGCCGCCAAGGCGGCCGCCGAGGUGGAGGCACCAUGGGUUGCCGUCUGGACCGGCGGCCCCAGCGCGCUCCUGGCGCACCUCCGCGCUGACGCGCUGCGCGACGACAUCGGCGAUAAAGCGGCGAGCCGAGCAGACGAGCUGCUGACCUCGCACCCGGGCCUGGGAAGCUACCGCGUCCGGGACCUCCCCAACGGCAUCGUCUCCGGCGACAUGAACUCGCCGAUCGUCUCCUUGUUCCGCCGCAUAGCGGAGCACCUUCCCCGUGCGGCCACCGCCGUCGCCUUCAACACCUUCCCGGGUCUCCUCCCGGACGACCUCACCGCCGCUCUCGCCGCGGAGCUCCCAGAGUGCCUCCCCGUCGGCCCCUUCCACCUUCUCCCAUUCCCCGGCAACGACGACACCGUCGAGACCAGCGCCGACCCCCACGGAUGCCUCGACUGGCUCGACCGCCACCCCGCCCGUGCCGUCGCGUACGCCAGCUUCGGCACGGUGGUCACUGCCGUGGCAGGAAAUCCGGAGGAACUACGCGAGCUCGCAGCCGGGCUGGAGUCCUCCGGCGCGCCGUUCCUCUGGUCGCUGCCGAAGGAGUCCUGGCCGCAGCUCCCGCCGGGGUUCUUGGACCUCGAGCGCGGCAAGGUGGUGCCGUGGGCGCCACAGGCGGCCGUGCUGCGCCACGCGUCGGUUGGGGCCUUCGUCACGCACGCCGGGUGGGCCUCGGUACUGGAGGGGGUGUCCGCCGGCGUGCCCAUGGCAUGCCGCCCCUUCUUCACCGACCAGAAGAUGAACGCGCAGCUGGUGGCGCGUGUCUGGGGUUUCGGCACGGUCUUGGAGGAGCCCAUGACGCGCGAGGCCGUUGCGGAGGCGGUGCCGUCGCUGCUCGCCGGUGAUCAGGGCAUCCGGAUGUGGGAAAAGAUGCAACAGAUGAGUGGCAUGGCGGCCAACGCGUUCGCGCCCGAUGGCGGUAGCAGAAAAAACUUAGAUAAGCUUGUCAAGAUAGUCUGUGGAGAACUGUGAUCUGCCAUGUGAGUCUAUGGUUCAAUAUGAUCGUCUCUUCAUCAGUUCCUGGGCCAGUUCUUUUGAGCUAUGCUGCUGCGAGAAUAAGCUAUUGUGGAAAUAAGCUCCGGAUAAGCUCCUGUGAAAAUAAGCUUCAGAUAAUAAGUCAAUGAGUUCUUUUCAGUGCAUGUUUUUUCAGCUUAUCUAUGGUAUAGACAGUGAAAAGUCUGUAAUGCCCUUGGAUAGUAUUGUUGUUCUAAUUAAAGGAUAUCCAGUUAUUUUUCAUCA